AUGGCUCCGAGGACUGAGCUCAGUCACCCAGCUCACAUGGAUGGCUUUUUGGCAUCUAAGGAUGAGUUGAAGCUGGGGUCUGGUGUCAAGGCCUUAGAUGGGAAAUUGCAGGUUUCAAAGCCACAAGUUGGCAAAGUGUUCAAUGCUCCAGCCCUGCCUAAAGCCAGCAGAAAGUCUUUGGGAACAGUCAACAGAGCUACAGAAAAGCCAGUGAAGACUAAUAGACCCCUCAAACAGAAUCAGCCAACUUUGACUAUGAAAAAGAUCACUGAGAAGGUUGAUAAGACACAGGGCUCUGUUCCUGCUUCUGAUGAUACUUACCCAGAAAUAGAGAUGUUCUUCCCCUUCAAUCCUCUAGAUUUUGAGAGUUUUGACCUGCCUGAGGAGCACCAGAUUGCACAUCUCCCCUUGAAUGGAGUGCCUCUCAUGAUCCUGAAUGAGGACAGAGGGCUUGAGAAGCUGCUGCCCCUGGACCCUCCUUCGCCUCUGAAGACAUACUUUCUACCAUGGGAAUCUAAUCCGCUGCAUUCUCCUUCCAGCAUUCUCUCCACCCUGGAUGUUGAAUUGCCGCCUGUUUGUUACGAUGCAGAUAUUUAAACUUCCUCCUUUAUAGUUUAUGUAUAUUGUAUUAAUAAAGCAUUUGUGCAUG